GUGAAAAAGAUAUUGGAUAUUGGACAUACUUCCAAUUGCGAAGGUUACGAAAUCAAGGACGGGCAUUUUGCCGGUAGUUACGAACUUUUUCAGACCUUUCAAUUAAUUGAAAGCAGAUUUCAUAUACGCUGUAUGAAAUGUGGUAAAAGUAGCCGUUGGUAUUUAUUUAACAGUAUUGGUGUAUAUAAAAAAAUUCAUUAUUGUCACCUUUAAAAUGACUGUCACAUUCCAAGAUGACAAUAACCUACAACUACAGUUUGAUUUUGAAGAAGAAUAUAACGAAUUGAAUGCUCAAUUGGAUGCAUUAUCAAAAUGUUUAGAUGUAUUAGAAGCAAGAGGUAAAAAAGUCUGUGAUGAAGCUAAGCGUCUUGUCAUUGAAUAUAGAAGUCAGAAUUGUGAAGAAACAUCUUGAAUUGAAAUUUCAAUACUAAAAUCACUGCGUAUAUAUUCUAUGUAAUUCUUUUUCAUUUAUUUAUGUACUCUUAUUGUGAUUGAUUUCCUCAUAUUGAUUUUAUUCAAUUAUGUGAUUAUCAUAAUAUAUGUGUUUGUGAUAUGUGAUCCUAAUUUUGUACAGUAUUUUAAUAUACAAACGAUUGGAAAAAAAAUAUUUUAUUGGAUA